AUGGAUGAUACAGAACGACGCACAGCCAAGCGUUCGCGCUUUGAUCAGAAAGAACCUGAGCCAAAAAGAGCCUCAAGAUUUGACAGACGAUCAAGAUCCCCACCAGCCAAAAAGGCCGAAUCGCGAAGAAGCAGAAGUCCCAUCGAUCGAAAGCCAGGGAGUCCAGCGGCCGAUGGCGCAAAGAAGCCCACUGCUGAUCCAGCCGCCGCAGCAGGUUUGUUUACCAAGGAUUUGUCCUAAUGGAAAAACUCUGCUAACAUUCUUUCCCACAGCCGCAGCCGCUGCCAGAAUCAACGCGCAAAUCCAAGCCAAGAAAGGCAUCCAGCAUGUCGAUGUUCCACCUAUCCGAUCUCAAGACCCACCCGCUGCAGCAUCAGCUUCUCCAGCAGGAGGCAACGGAGGAGCCAAUAAUAGCGCAGCACAAGUAAAUGGUGAGAUGUACAUUGCGGAUGGCGAUUAUAUCAAGGACAUCGAAGUCAAUGACCUCCGCAAUCGUUAUACACUGACCAAGGGUUCAACGCAAAAGAUGGUAAAUACUCCUUGUGUUAAUAUUCCACUGAUAUACUCAGGCUCUUCCUCGUCAAACUAUAUAGCUUUGGAUUCCAAUGCUCAUUUUUUCUUUUCCUCGAGUGUAUGAUCUUGGUGUUGGGACUUUCAAACUUACCUGAAGCUCAAAUAGCACCACUCACUGACAAAACAUACCUAUUGGCAUCUGCUGACAUCCGCUGCGUGACAUCUAGAUCAAGGAAGAAACCGGAGCUGGUACGCCACACCUACCUACAACUUACUGUUUUUUUUUAGAGAGCUUUCAUGUUGACUUUUCAAGAUGUCACUACGCGUGGAAAUUACUAUCCUGAUAAAAGCAUGGCCACGGCUGCUGUGAGUAUCAAUCCCCGGAGUUGGAGGUUUAUACAGAGGUUUAUACAGCUAAUCCUGUUUGUAGAAUCCACCACUUUAUCUCCAUGUUACUAGUACCAGCAAGCGAGGUCUUGAGCAGGCGGUUCAAAAGAUUGAGGAAUUAAUGAAGCAGGAACUCCCUAAUCUAGUGGAUGAACGAAGAUUUCGCCGCCGUGAACCCGAGAACUUUGAGAGAGAUGAGUUUGGCCGAGUGAGUGAUUGUUGCGGAUUCAAGGGUGUUCUGCACCGCUGACUUGAUUACAGAAAAAAUGGCCCGAGGAGAAGAUCCCUAUUGAUUUUGCCCCGGUUCCAGGUUUUAACCUUCGUGCUCAGGUCGUUGGUCAUGGAGGUGCAUACGUCAAACAUAUCCAGCAAGAAACACAAUGCCGUGUCCAAAUCAAGGGUCGGGGAUCAGGUUUCAUGGAGCAUGGCACUGGCCGCGAAAGUGAUGAAGACAUGUAUUUGCAUGUUGCGUAUGUAUAUCUGCAUGCCAUUCCGGUUUAUUGCUAAUUUUCUAUAGCGGUCCUGAUCCGGAAAAGGUCAAGCAAGCAAAGGAACUUUGCGAGGAUUUGCUAAAGAACGUCAGAGAGCAAUAUGAAGAGUUCAAGAACCGACCACCACCACAACGUGGCUAUGGAGCACCAAGCACCGGUUAUGGAGGUGAACGUGGCUAUGGUGAUCGUGCUCCUGAUAGAUCCAACUCGUAUGGUGGAGACCGUGGAAACCACAAUGAUCGAGGAGAUCGUGGAGACCGUGAUCGAGAUCGCCAUGGUGGUGGUGGGUAUGGAGGAUACAAUAACUCGCCAGCUCCUACAGGCGCCGUCAUGAGUCCAACUACCGCGCAGGCUGCACCUGGCGCUGGUAGUCCCACUUCUCAAGCUGACUAUGCUGCCCAGUACGCUCAAUACUAUGCUGCUAACGGUGGAGAUCCUUAUGCUGCGUAUGGUGGUUAUGCUGGAUAUGUUGCCGCAUAUCAACAGUACUAUGCCCAGGCACAGGCUCAACAAGCUGCUCCUCCGCCGCCUCCUAGCGAAGCACCACCUCCACCCCCACCAGGUGCUUCAUCUGCAGGCGCUCCAGGUGGUUAUAAUGCAGUAAGUCUGGAAAAGACAAGCCCUAUUGGUGAAGAGACUAACAUUGUUGCAGGUCCCUCCACCACCAGGAAUGUGAAUUUGUCAUUUGACAUGAUUUCUCUGACUUGAUUCUUCUUACUACUUCUUUAGGUUGUCUCAUGCAUUUCUAGGGUCUGGUCAAUUUGUUGUUUCGCGCUGGUCAUUGGGCGGUUGGGAAAAAAGGAAACGAAAAUCUGCAGGAUACCUCUUUUUUUCAAUGUACACUACUCUGAGAAUGCGCUCUGUCUCCAAUGUUCUUGUAACGGUGAAUGCCCCCAAACGCCACCAAUGCAGAGCUCCCAAUCCCAAUUAAAAAAUGAAAAUCCAAUCCUUUUCCCCCUUUGAAUCAACCAAUGAAAUCUAUGUAAUCCAUAACCUCAGUCCAAUCCUCGGAACCUGGUUGUCCCUGUGGUAUGACGACUUCCUCUUCCAUCUCCUCGGUAUCCUUGAAGGUUAGACGUUGACCGUAGGAGAUGCAGAGUUCCUCGCCGGCCUUGAUGUCCCGCAGGGUGGUGUAAGUCAUGAGCUUGUUGGCGAGAUCGCGGUCCCAGCCGACGUUUUGAUUGGGGACCGAGUGGUUGAACAUGCUUCCUAACCCGAGGAUGAGGGCUUGGGUGAUGACGGGGGCGCGUUGGCCGUUGAUUUGUUUGCGGGGGAUGGCUCCUGGUUGGGUGGGGGGCAUGAUGGGCCAGUUACUGUGUUUAUAUGGUUAGUUUUCUUGUUCAUUCUUGUUUUUUUGGAGGUUUAUGGAGUUGUAAGAAAAUGGAAGGGGAUGGACGGGAUGGAUAUAAUUGGGAUGAAUGAGCAAGUUGGUCACGUGUCGGUGUUUGCUGGGUAUGGAGGGGAAAUGAGGGAGUGCAGGUGGAGGGGGACUUACUAUGUGUAAUGGUACAACUCAGUUUCCUUGACGUGUUUCUCAUUCUCUAUGGGGUCGAGGACGAGGACGGGACAGACUUCGAUGACGGUUCGUCCGGGGAUAUUUCGACUGGCGAAUACUCCUCGACCUAUUCCCAUCCAAAUAUAUCUUAGUACAUCGUUUCCAACCUUUCCUCCAUUGCGACGCUGAAUAAGGAAUACCCCAAACGAACGAAUCAUCAGGAAAGAAAGGGUAGGGUAGGGUAGGUACACACCUUUCGGCGUCUCGAGAACUAAUAAUAGACCUUCGGCGCGUUGGAGCGGGAUUCCGUUGGAGAUGUCGAUGGUGCCGAUGGUGUUGAUGGUGGUGAUGGAGUUGGUGGUGGAGUGUGAUGAUGCCAUUGUUGUUGUUGGGUUGUUGUGUAGACGGUAUGGAUCUUAGGACGGAACUCUCCCUCUCCUCGUUUUCCUCGUUUCUGUCUGAGAUAGAAUUGUAUUUUUUUUUUUUGCUGGAAUUGGGUUUGCUCCAGGGUCUGAAUGGUACGAAGUAGGUCGCAGUCUGUUUCUGUGUUUGUGUCUUUUUUUUAUUAAUUUUGGCUUUUAUGGAUGGGAGCGAGAAUGCUGGUCCCUGGGCUGGCUGGAACUUGACUUGACUUGACUUGACCUCCGUCGGUCCUUGAAUGGAAGCCCCCGCCGGCAGGUCAGGUCAGUCAGUGAGUGCCGCCCCGGGUGCACGCGCGAUAAGAAGGCGGUGGGAGGGGUGAAGGGGUGGAACAGGGCGGGCGUGAGAUGCGGCAUCCCCGCGACCCCCUUCGUAGAAUAUUGAUUUGAGACUUGGUCCCGAGGUACAAGCUUUACGGAACACGAGAAUCACUGUCUGGUCCUGCCCAAGAAAAGGUGACACUGACAUUGACAUUGACAUUGACAAUUACUUUGCGAUUGGGUCAUUGGUACGGAGUACAUAUUCGAUACUUGUACAUUACAUUACAUACUUCUUACAUGGCUUGAGGAAAUAUGGCGCUUCAGCGCGGUGCCAAUGCAGGGGAUGCAGUCAAAGAACCCCAUUCUGUUUCCCUCAAGGUCCUGAGGUUCGUACUAUAGCUGUAGCUGUAGCUAUAGAUAUAGCUAUAGCUAUCCCCCCUCAUACAAUACUAUGACGCACAUCAGAAUUACAUACUAACAUCCAAUUACAACAGACUCUCCCGACCCUCCCUCUCACUUCAACAUCCCCUCCCGUUACCAACCCCCUCAAGCUCCCCCUCCGACUCACCCACCCUCUUCCCCGCCCCCUCCGCCUCCCUCGCAUACCCCUCCUCCACCAACGACGCCUUCAUCCUCUCCCCUCUACUAACGCUCCCCCCGGCGUUCGGAUCCGCGUACGUCGGUGAAACGUUUAGCUGUACGCUCUGUGCGAACAAUGAGGUACUCCAGGGGGCCAGCACGCCCAAGACGAUCACGAACGUGCGAAUCGAGGCGGAGAUGAAGAUUCCCAGCUCGAAAGUUGCGAUUCCCCUCGUUCUUGGUCCGGAAGCUGUAUCUCAGGGCGAAGGGGAGAAAGAGGGAGAAGGGGGGGUGGAUUUACAGCCCGGAAGAAGUUUGCAGAAAGUCGUCAACUUCGAUUUGAAAGAGGAGGGGAGUCAUGUCCUGGCUGUCACGGUGACGUACACGGAGACCACACCAACCAGUGGCAAGGUCCGCACGUUCAGGAAGCUCUACCAGUUCAUCUGCAAAGGCUGCAUGGUCGUCCGCACCAAGACGGGACUCCUCCCCUCCCCUUCUCCAUCUGACAUCCUCCGCCGCUGGGCCCUCGAAGCCCAGCUCGAGAACUGCGGCGAGGAAACUAUUGUUCUGGAUACCGUGCACCUCGACACGCGCGCGGGCUUCACAGGCCAGGGAUUGAACUGGGAGAUCGAGGGCGAGGGGGAGAAACCGGUACUCAUGCCUGGGGAUGUGCAGCAGGUUUGUUUUCUGUUGGAGGAGAGGGAUGGGGGGGAGACGGAGGUUGUUGAUGGGAGAGUGGUUUUUGGAUCGUUGAGUUUGGGGUGGAGGGGCGUGAUGGGGAAUCGGGGACAUCUUAGUACGGGGAGUUUGGGGGCUAAAUUGGUUUGA